UAGUCCUGCAUUUCACGGUCAUCGGGAGGUGAACCACUCGGUCUUCAUUGCUACGAGUCGCACUUCCAUUCUCAUUCUUCACGACUGCACUUCAGCAGCAACCUGAUUACCCAAGUGCGCGAGAUUGAACAUGGACGUCAUUAGACGUCCAGCAAAUGAGGGUUCACCCUGCAGGAUCGUCUUUUGUCAUGGAGCUGUUUGCGAGAACUGUGUGCCUGGGAAGUGGGACGAGCCGAUGAGCACGCAGGUGUGGUCUGAUUAUCUAAGUGCGGAGGGGGUUACGUGGGACGACGCGCCUGCGGAUGCUGAGACGCAGCGGAGGGAGCUGGGUGAAGAUAAGGAGCAGGAGCAGCCGAUUAUAUGCAAUGCGCAUGGGAUUAUUUGCAAGAAGGGGAUUUGCAGGGAGUAUGCUAAGCAGGUGAGGGAUGCGGAUAGGGCACAGAAUCAUGUGGGUGGGGAUACUAAGAAGGGGAAAGGCAGGGGGAAGGGGAGGGAAUUUGGAAGAGGCGGUGGGGAACGUGGAGGAGGUUCUGAGCGCGGUGGCGGUGGCGCUCCUGAUAGUGCUUUCCGAGGUCGCGGUGCGGCUGUGAAGUCGAACUGGCGGGCGAUCGUGUCUGCUGCUGCUAUCGAGCGCCAGGAGAGCAUCAACGACGCGGAAUCUGUUGCUGUUGAGACUCCGAAUGCGUGGGGGACUCGGAAUACGUCGAAUUUUGGGUGGGGUGCUGGUGGAGAGGAACCUGAGGAGGGUGGAGGCGCAGCCUGCGGACGAUGAUGAUGGCUGGGGGAAAUCUGAGGCUAGCUUUGAUCCUUGGAAGCUAAACCUAAGGUUCAGCAGAGGCCGCAGUUGCAGUGGAAGCCUCAGCCUCAGCCGCAGGCCCAGUGGA